GAAGAGCGACAGAAUUUGUUUCGGCUGUGCAUGAUGGUAUAUGAAAAAUUCAUAUCAUACGGAAAAUUUAAACCGGUAUACCAGUUAACCGGUAUACCGCCCAGCCCAACAUGAAACUCAAACAUAGUGUGCUAUGGCUACAUAGUUAUCCAUAUAUGGCAAUAACGAUAAGCUACCAAUUAGUCCCGUCUAACAAAUAGGGUUGAUAACAAUUUAACAAUUGCCUUUUUACCUGCUAGCUUAGAGCUAGCUGCGUGUUGCAAAAUGAUCAAUGCUGUGCUGCUCACCCAAACUAUACUGCAACCACUUAUUCACACAAGAAUGAUUCUUCUGUCAAAUUAAUAGUGAAGACUGGCGGUUUCAAGUCAUUUGGUGGCAGACGUGUAAUAAAUCAGCCUUUGAACGUGUCUGUAACUUUGUGCAAUUGUCGAGGUCUGCUCAAACCGUCAUCAAGGAGUUCUUAAACUACAUUCAUCACAGUCCAGCUUUCAGAACAGCACUUCAUUCGAAGCGUACAGCAGUCUUUUGGUCGAUGCACUAAUUCCAAUUUUUGUCAUUCUUUCUCCCCGCCCUCUGUCCGUCUCUCCAGGAACCUUAAAUAGGACCAUGGAGUAGCAAGCUUCAAAUUAGCAGUUAGCUGAUUAGCUCCUCACUGCACAACACACCUCCCUCCAUCCAGUCCCCUCCAUCUGCAGGCCCCCCACCCAGCCAUGGCGGACCCAGGGAUGUUGAGCCUAUUCGGGGACGAUGCAGGGCUGUUCUCAGAUGGAUUGGAUGGUUUAGGGGACUGCUUUCCUCAGCAGCCUGCCUCCGCCCAGUCCAACCCUUUAACCCAGCAGACUAAUCCCUCUCUGAACCACGAGCACCAGGGAAACAGGGGCUACCACCAGGGGAUGAUCCACGGCGCUGGGCCCGGCCCCGGGCAGCCUAAAUUGGGGCAAAUGUACGACCAUGGUCCCUACACAGGCUACGAUCAACCUGGUGCCCCCGCGGGACGAAUGAUAGCCCAGAACGGCCCCAGCCAGGGGCCACCAAACGUGAACACGCCCAUGAAUGGCAUGGCUUCCCACUACCAUAAUACCCCAGCUAACUCCAGCAACCCCCACCAUGGGUACCCGGGUGAUGCUGGGGGAGGUGGAGGAGGAAGUGGAGGAGGAGGUGGCGGCGGUGGUGUUUGGGGGCAGCAGCAGACCAGAUCAGCUUAUCAGCAGCCUCCGACACAAGCAGGGGGCGGCCCCAACCAGAUGGGAGCCUACCAGAUGUCUCAAGGCAACUAUAGUGGGAUGCAAGGCCCACCUACACCCAAUGCAGCUCGCAUGAACCAACACUACCCUUCGCAGAGCAUGGUACCCCCUCCUGCUCAGGACCCAUCUCACUACCUGGGGCAUGUUGGAAUGGGUGGGGCUCAGAUGAGACACCCCCAGCCUCAGUCACAACCCCAGGGUUAUCCCAACAUGGGCCACACACCCCGAUACCCACACUCCCCCUCCCGACAGCCUCCACACCAGCACCAACAGGGCAUGGGAGGGUUUGGGGGUGCCCAGUACCCUGGCUAUCAGGCCCAGUAUGGAGCCAUGGGACCUGGGAUGGGCCAGGGUGCCAAUGCUAAUGUCAAUGCUAACACAAGCCAGGCCAUGGGACCAGGGCAGCUCGGCCAGAGGUUUAACCAGGGAUCAACCCCAGCAGCUGGGCCACAGGGGCAGCGAUAUCCCCCUGGACCACCGCACCAACCCCAGCCCCAUCCAACCCAUUCUGCCCCAAUGCAGCAGGCAGGGCAGCAGGGCCAGCCUAUGCACCCUCAACACCCCCAGAGUCUGCCCCCGGCCCAAAACCAGCCCCAAUCCCACCUUGCCCCCCCAGCUCAGGGAAAUUACCCCUCCCCCUCAUCCAUGUCCCCAAUGCGGGUUUUGGGAACCCCAACACCUCCUCCCCAGCAGAGCAGACCCCCCAGCGCAGGGCUAGCCGGAGCCCCAGAGGUUGCAGGGUACACAGCCCUGCAGUCUCAACCCAAUGCUAUGGCCCAGAGAACUCCCCAAAUCCCUCUGUCUGCCCCACAGCCCCAACACCAGCAGCCCCUCAACAUGCCUCCCAGUGCAGGGCAGAUGUAUCCCGGCAUGGGGCCGCAGCGUGGUCCUCAAAUGGGGCCAAACAGGCCUCAGCUCCAGAAAGUCCCAGGGCCUCUUGAAGCUCCAGUCAGCCAGGGGGGAGACCAGCGUCUGCUCCAGACCCCGCUGCAGGCCCCCCGGAGCGGGCAGCCCACUCCCAUGGGCUUCCAGGGUCCGGCCGUCGGUCAGCAUGGCGUCCCGGCCCCGAUCCAGUGCUUGGCACCGCCCGCCCAGAGCGCUCCGACGCAGCACGCACACAUGCCGCACCACCUGCAGAGCACGCCCCCUCCCCCCAACCCGGCCUCCCACCCCUGGGCGCCUACCACCUCCCGCCCGCUCUCCUCACCCCCUCUCACCCCACAGAAAGUGCCUCACGUACAGGUGAGUCUCCCGUCAAACAAACACUUUGAUGUGGUAGCAGCAUCAGUGUGUGUGUGUAUGUAUGAGAGAGAUCAAGACCGUGCAUUUGUUUUCAUGU